UCGGUGCUUCAGCCAGCCUUAGCCGGGCGGCUGGCGGUGCGCGAUUGGAGCUGCGGGCUCAGCAUGUGGUGCGCGAGCCCAGCUGCCGUGGUGGCCUUUUGCGCGGGGCUCUGGGUCUCUAGCCCGGUGCCGGCACAGGGCCAGGAGGCCGGGGGGCGGCCGGGGGCCGACUGUGAAGUAUGUAAAGAAUUCUUGAACCGAUUCUACAACUCCUUAGUAGACAGAGGAGUUAACUUUUCGCCGGACACCAUAGAGAAAGAAUUGAUCAGCUUUUGCUUGGAUGCCAAAGGAAAAGAAAACCGCCUGUGUUAUUAUCUAGGAGCCACCAAAGACGCACCCACGAAGAUCCUAAGUGAGGUCACACGUCCGAUGAGUGUGCAUAUGCCUGCAGGGAAGAUCUGUGACAAGCUGAAGAAGAUGGACAGUCAGAUCUGUGAGCUGAAAUACGAAAAGAAAUUGGACUUGGCCUCUGUUGACCUGGAGAAGAUGAGAGUAGCAGACCUAAAGCAGAUCCUUCGUAGCUGGGGGGAAGAGUGCAGAGCUUGUGCCGAAAAAACCGACUACGUGGAUCUCAUCAAAGAACUGGCCCCCAAGUACGCAGCUACACACCCCAGAACAGAACUCUGACCUUGAACCCGGCACACCAUGACUUGUGAUUAGAAAAAAAAAAAUGUCUAGUAUAUGGACAUGUUCAUGAAGGAUAACUAGGAACUGCAUUGUAUUUGGUCUCAUACUUUUUGUGUCAAUAUUAUACCUCUGAAUUUUGUUACUUUAUGAGUUUAUGAUUAAAACUACUAAUAUUACUGAUAUCAGACAUUUGCAGUGUACCACAACUUACAAGUACUUUUCUCAUACU